AUGGGAUUACCUGAAGUUGGGCCUUUGUCUUGCGAGUUCUUCUUCAACUUUCAUCGAAAUUUUGAAGGCCCGUUUUCGAAUUUGUUCGCUAUUUUGCUCGGAGCUGAUGCAAAUGGGUUUAGCAAUGUUUCUUUGAUUAUGGUUGUGGGCUUUGGUGCAUUUGCUAUUCUGGAGAUGUUAGUGUUCAGCAUUUUCGAAAAAUGGGGUAUUGAUGAAGAUGAUGAAUUUGAGGAGAAGGUUUUAUUGAAUAGCAUUUUGUUCUUGGAGCUUCAUAAGAAACGGAAGCUGAAGAAGAUGACGAAAAGGAAGCAAAAUUUGAAG